UAACUUGCUUUGAGGUCCCAAGGUAUAUAGAAGGGGAGGAAAACGCUCCCCUUCAAAAUUUCUCCCGUGGUGGGAUUCGAGUUGCACACUGUCACCCUGGAAGCUCUCGCCUUCAUCUUCCUCCCUUCGCGCGUCCUCCUACCCUCCACGGCCGGGCCACGCGCGGCGGCAGCAGCAGCAAUGGAGGCGGGCGCGUCGUCAGGGACGGGGAGCUUUCCGGCCGAAGACGGUGAGAUUUGGGUGCCCGUGCUGUCCGAUCCUCUGGAUGGGGGCUCGAAUUCGCCGACCCAGGCGGAGAUUGAAGUCUAUUCAGCAUAUCUGGAUUAUGACGCCAUGGACUUCCAAGCAGUCUUAGAAGGACCCCAAGAUGAACAUGAUAUUGAAAAAUUGUUUGGAGGUGCAAUGUUUACUUCUUGCGGUGCACGCAGUCCUACUUAUAUAAAGGAGGCGAAUUUAACUCAUGAGAUUGAAUGUGAAUUUUAUUCACCAACUAGUGAUCAUGGCAUGAUACAAACACUUGCGCCUGCGUCACCAGAAACCAAGGAGAUAAGGGGGAGGAGGAGAUCUGCGCCGGCCACGGCGCUUCCUGAGAAAGAGGAGGCCCCUGUCACCAUGGCCCUAGGUGGAGGAGGAGAGGAGGACAAGAAGAGAAAGGGAGGAGGGAAAGGGCACCCGCUGCCUUGUCACCGGAGAAGCAUGAGGCUUGCGCUCGCCGCCACGCCGCUGGAGGAGGGGGCUUGUGCUACCUUCAUAGUAGACCUGCUAGAUUACAUGCCGAAAAGUGGUUGGAGGCACCGAAGUCGCGUGAGAAGUGCACGCAAGAGAGGAAUAUGGUCGUUAAACACGGAACAAACUUUCCUUCUGCCUAACCAUUUAGGGAAUGCGACAUGCUUUCAGGACAUGAGCUCUACAUGUAAAGGCAAAAAAUGUGGGCACAGAAAAAACAAUGACCACUGGACAUACGAAGAGAUGAAAAAACUAGUGGAUGCUCUGUAUAUAUCUGGGGUUGGAAAUUGGACGAAGUUGAAACAUGAGAACUUUUCAAGAUCAGUUCGAACAUCAAUGAAUCUUAAGGAUAAAUGGAGAAAUCUUAAGAAAGCCUACACGGGAAAUGCUAAAAAAAGGAUCUUGCCGACUCUAGACAAGGAUUGUGUCGAAAAGAUCCAGAAGCUAGCCUCCAAAAUGAAGCUGCACUUGUGAAUGAUACAAGAAACAUUGUAUAGUACUUUUGGUGUAGGAGUGACUCAGCAACAGGAGUUCUGUUAUUUUUUCUAGGACAGCAAGGCAUAGGCCGGCUGCCAUAUUGAGUGUGUAGAGAGUAGAGAUUAGCAGCUUAUAUAUCCUUCCUAACUGCUUGUAAAGUACUCUCUUAUUAAUGAAACGGGGGAGGGGAGCUCUCUUAAUCAA